AUGCUUAAAUUCCUUCGCUCUGUAAUGACUGCCAUGACUUCUCCCGCCCGCGUUCCUAUCCCCGCCAACGGGGUGGACUACCGUGGCAAAAUCGUUCUGGCGCCGAUGGUCCGUUCUGGAGAAUUGCCAUCUCGUCUUCUCGCUCUCAAAUACGGCGCGGAUCUUGUAUGGGGCCCGGAGACGAUCGAUCGGGCACUCAUCGGUGCGUCCCGCCGUGUGAAUCCUCGCAAUGGGAACAUCGAAUUUACCCGCUUCCCUUCGAACGGUGGACGCACCACCAAAUCUACUAAGGAAUCCAUCAUCUAUCGUAUCGACCCGGUCCGUGAGAAAGGGAAAUUGAUUUUCCAGAUUGGCACGGCUUCCCCUGAGCUAGCUGUGGAAGCAGCCAAGACUAUAGCCGGGGAUGUGGCAGGUAUUGAUGUCAAUUCAGGAUGUCCAAAACCAUUCAGCACAUGUGGCGGUAUGGGUGCAGCUCUGUUGCGGACACCUGAUAGAUUAGUCUCUAUUCUUGAAGCGCUGGUUAGGGAAGUUGGACAUCCAUUUCAAAUUGGGAUUUCAGUCAAAAUUCGCAUUCUAGAAUCACCCGGAGAAACCAAAGAGCUUGUUUCGCGACUAGUCAGAACAGGAAUCACAGGGUUGACAGUACACUGCCGUACCACUCCCAUGCGACCCCGUGAACGAGCAAUUCGUGACCAAUUGCGGAUGAUUGCUGAUAUUUGCCAUGAGGCCGGAGUUGCAUGCCUAAUGAAUGGAGAUGUUACGUCGCGUGAUGAGGGCCUCGCAUUGAUGAAAGAAUACAAUGUAGACGGGGCGAUGAUUGCUACAUCCGCCGAGGCCAAUCCCUCGUGCUUCCGCUCAAAGGCGGAAGGCGGCUUACUUCCUUGGAGAGACGUUGCUCGUGCUUAUCUGCAAGCCUGCUUGGAAACAGAGAACCGAUAUGGCAAUGCCAAAUAUCUCUUGAACAUCCUCGUUCCGGGCAGGAACAAAGAGUUUGAGCACUCAAGAUCGUCCAAGUCAUACUAUGAUUGGUGUCAUUCGCUCAAAUUUGAUGAUCUCAUCCCUGAUGCGAUUCGAGUCGAUGAGUUCAUGAACCUGGCGCACAAAUCUAUCUUCAAAGACGAAGGCGACGCACGGAGCCAGACUGCCCAGAAUGCUUUGGAAAUUAACGAAUUUGCACGAGCUGCUGGCGUUCCGAUUCCUACUUUGAACAAAACGCCCGAAGAAGACAUUGUUCCUCCUGAGCCGUCGCAGCCCGCUCAGAAGCAACAAGUUGCAGCAUAA